CUGGGUAAUACGACGCCAUCCGCCAUAUCUGUCUUUCUGUACCGGUUGAAGGAGACCGGAGUCAUGAGAGGAAUCCGAUCCCUCCACAAUAUCCCCAAACGCUGCUAUGCGGCUGCCAGGAGGAGUCCAGCUCUCACUGAACCCCUCGCUCUGCCGUCCUUAGCUAAACCUCUCCCUCCCCAACAUUUCCAGGUGUCUAAACUUCCCAACGGUCUGGUGAUAGCAUCGCUGGAGAGCAACUCCCCGCUGUCCAGUGUCGGUGUGUUUGUGAAAGCUGGGAGUCGCUAUGAGACUGUGGAGAACCAGGGCGUCUCUCAUGUGCUGCGACUGGCAGCAAACCUGACCACUAAGGGUGCAUCUGCCUUCAAGAUCUGUCGUGGUUUGGAGGCACUGGGGGGCAGCCUGAGUGUGACAUCAUCAAGGGAGACCACCGUCUACACGGCAGGAUGCAUGAGAGACAACAUAGAUUCAUUAUUUGAGUAUCUGGUCAACGUGAUCACAGCUCAGGACUUUCGGCCGUGGGAGGUGUCCGGACUGACGUCAAGAGUGAAGAUCGACAAGGCUCUGGCUCAGCAGUGUCCUCAGAUAGGUCGGUAGCAACAGUUCAGCUCUGAA